AACGAGCCACGAAAACGAAAACACCAGUCCAGGGCUUGAUCAAGAUCUUCGGAGCAAUCCUCCAUGCCAUCCACGAGCGGUUCGUCCGCUUGCCCCGGUUAUGCGUGAUGGAUGCUGACACAAACGACCUGUUCCCGCAGUGUGCGAUCCAAGACUGCCUGACGAAAAACGGGUACAACGAGGCCAAGUGCGCUAAGCUCGUCGAUGCUCUCUACGAGUGCUGCCAGGCGUUCUAUGAGAAGAACGGCGACAGCGCGAUAACCGCGAGCUGCCCAAAGCCGAACUUGUUGCGGCUGAAGAUGGAGCAGAGGAAAGGCGCCCAGUAAUGGAAGGGAAAUAAAUAAUUCCUCUAGGCUAUCAUUGAGCGCGCAAG